AUGUUUUUUUAUUCAUUACUUCCAUCCGUCGCCGAAGCCUACUGCGGCGCUCAGUACGCGGGGAAGUUGCCACUGGUAAGUAGGGCAAAAUACGUUAAAGACGUUAAAGAACGUGCUUUUGUGUGGGAAUACUCACUGCGUCUGAUUACUCAACAACCGGGAGCCAUUUAACCAUGCCUACCAGACUGCCGCUUAAUGCUUGCCGUGUGUAAUCAGUUGAGUUUCACUCGCUUUACCGAUUUUGGUUAAACUUCCUUGUAUUUGUGUCUGCCCUUCCAUCGUGCCUGGUUAGAUGCAUAUUUAGAAUAGAAAACUAACAUUACAUUUACUUAUUUAUUUAAGAAGAUUAACUACAGUUUAUUAAUGUCAGCUUUGUGAAUUCCUGUUUUAGGAUCUUAAAAGGGAUCUCGGUAUGCGAUAUCGCAAUUUUGUUGCCUAGGAAUAAUGAAUUAGAAGAUACUUCAAAUGACCUGAACCUUGCUCGCGUUAGUAUAAAAGGUCUGUCGCGUUUUCAGUCAGAAUGGAAACUGAGGUCCAAGGAAACAAGCUUUUUGGGUAUAUCGGUGGAGAAGAGCUAACAGGUCAACCGAGAAGGGGUGCAAACGAGAGUAUGAGGUCUUGCCUAUCUGCCUGUCGAUGAGAAGCUAAGGGAGAGUUCUAAUAAGGCUAUCCAGAGUUUCGUGUCCCUUUGAUUGUCACUGCCUAAUUAUUACGUCUGUUAUUCAUCUUCAGCUUUAGUCUAAACCUUCUGCAAGGCAUUUGGAGAAAUUGCAACCAGCGUUUCGGGCUUACUCUCCACUCUGUCUUGACAUCUACACGCUCUACUUGCUAGCAACUCCUAUUUGCCAGACAAAAGUGGAUUGUGGAGUGAAAAACUUCCUCUAGCGCUAGUCUCUUGAGUAUUCGGGGGUGAAAUUCCACAAAAGUCUAUUAACAGCCGCACUCCAUGAUCCUUAAGCAAACGUCUGCGACUCUUGCUCAUUGAUUGUUAAGCAAUGCUCAUUUCUUCAUGGCAUGAGCUAGAAGUUCCUUCGAGUUGUUUGAACUCGCUGACUGACUCUCCGCAGAAUUAAAGCUAUCCUCACUUACUGUCAUUCCCAGUUUGGGCCACUUUUAACCAUUCCUGAAAUUAGGUCUACUUUUAUUUUUUUUUCCUUUUCUCCCGAAGCAACACGGCCUUUGCUCCCCGCAAAUACCAUAGUUGCUUUUUGCACACCAAACGAUUGGGUAUAAAACUCUCGCAUGUGGGAUACACUGAUAAGGGUGCGCCGUGCUUACGGUAUAAGCAUCAAGCAAAUGCUCCCUAUUAGAGUAUUUAUAACCAUCCCUUUGUAACGGCGUUGCAUUUCGCAACAAUCAACACCAAGUACUAAGCCGAUUUAGGGUCUUGCUUGUGUAUUUAUUGAAAACUGUUCUCUCUUAUCGAGAUACAAGAAGAACCGAAUGCCAGAGAGCGGUUAAUGGAGAGUCAGUUGGUGAAAUAAGAGGUUUAUUCGCCCUACGUCUCGAACUCAUUUUCGGACUGACCAUCAGAGACGGUGAUUGAGAUAGCGAUUAACAGGUAGUGUAAUAUCUGAAGGACGCAGCUGCUACGCGACGAUGUCCGCUGAGGUUUGCAGCGCCCGAAUCCGUUGCAAGAUGGUCAUGUAGCGUUUCAAACGCAUGUAGAUCUUUCUGUCCUGGCACCUACGCUGCCCAAGGCUUUCGAGGAUAGGGAGCACGCUUUCAGCUCCGAGCACAGGCAGCUACACAGCGUGACGUUGGUCGACUCUCAUUUGAGACGCACGCUCGGUCGCAUCAUACUUGGGGAGGGCCGCGCGCGCGCACAGUUACUCGACAGUUUGCCUCACCAGUACGGUCGAUGGAAUCAGUAUUCACAUGCCCGCUCCCCGCGCCACUGAGCAAUUUGCCAACAUCAAGUCGUAGUGUCGAAUGAGUAGAGGGAUCAUUGCUCCUGAUGAUGGACUGCGUGUCCUAGAACCACACCAAGCAGCCUGGGUCUCAUGCGGUUUGGAAACGCUGUUUGCUUAUCUCACCUCCGUUGUCACAUUUCCAUUUUACUUGUGAAUUAUUUCUUCCCAGCAUUUGUUUGUCGUCUUCUAUGUGCACUGUUUGUACACAGACUGCAACUUUUUUCUGGACAGACGCUGGUGUAUUGCCUUUAGAGUGCUUCGACCCAGUGGUUACUGCAACAAACGACUGAAGUUUAUACAGGCAAAAAUUCGUAAGGAAAGUACUGAGUCUGUUAUACUUUUACUUAUGCUUCAAGGUCCUCCAAGAGGCGUCUCAAGGUACUCAUGCCUCUCAGUUUUCGCCAGUCAAUGACAUAACGUCAGCUGACGCGGAGUCUACAUCAGAGUCAACCAUCAGAAGUCCAGAUGUUCCCUGCCCCAGCACCGAGCGUCCGAUGAGGAACCAGCUCGACACGCGCGGUCGACACUCACCUGAUUUUUUGACAACUGACGAAUCAGAGGCGGUCGGGGAAAGCGACGUCUUUGAGCCCAUUUCGGGUAAUUUGACCCAGUGGCUUUACAGUUUAAAACCUUUCAGUAACCGUGUGAAGGUGAGGUGUAGUAUGGCAAAAUACUGGAAGGAAAUAAUUGUACACGAAUACCGGAUGAUUUGUCGUACGGACCGUGCAGGUGCUAGCUAAAAACCCAGACAAUUUAGUUAUGUAAGGCUCACCUCUGUUAGUACCUGGAUUGUUUUCGCCUUCGUUGCGUUGCUGUGCAGAAAGUUGGCAAUAUGAUUUACCACUCCUAGUGUCGCUAAUGUUUACAUUUUCUUGGCGAUAACAGCAAGACUGAUAGUUCAUUUUGACUGGCGGUACGAAUUGCAGCUAGUGUCCCCUUUGAUUAUUUUAGCAUGCUUUUUGCUGUGUAGUGCACCGUACCUGUUGGGGGUAGAGGGUUCCAAUCGUUUUUUGUCACGUAGUAGGGCUGGCCUCUUUCCUCUUUCCCUUCCCUUUGCUCCUCUGCGUAAAAUCCCUCGUAUUGUAUGUUUAGUUAGAUCUAACGAGCUAGAUUGGCGGGACCACUUCAGUUCAUUUAAGUGUUUGGGGUCUAUAGUUGACACCGUAAUCUCACUUAAUCCCUAUUACCUAUAUUUAGUGGGUGUGGGGAAUCUGUUUGGGCCUCUGUUUGCUUCCAACCUGGACCAACUAAUUAGACACAGGCAACCUCCGGAGGAGACGUUUGACGAUGUGGCUACCGGCGAAGAUGCAUCCAAUGAGUCAACUGUUGAGGAAUUUCCUCCCCACGGAUCCAUGAACCCGUGA